GCCUCAUCCGUGCCUCGCGACAUUUUGACGGUAGCAUUGUUACUGCCUGUUCGCAGUCGUCGUCCUUUUGUCCGCAGCAGUUUUGAACCGCCUUCUGCCAACAGGAACGAUGUUGACUUUUCUAUUCGUCUGAUUUCUGUUUUCAUGUUAAACGUUUGCUAGGUCGUGUUUUUGUCCCUUUAGCCGCGUUGCUAGCUUGAUUAGUACUCGCGAAAAUGAAUUCCAACACGCACGUCAUCCAGGUGACAAACGUCUCCCCGAGCACCACGUCCGAACAAAUGAGGACGCUGUUCGGAUUCCUCGGGAACAUAGAGGAGCUUAAGCUGUUUCCACCAGAGUGAGUAUUGUGAAAUUUCAACUUUUAAGGACGUUUUCUUACCUUGCUCAAGCCGGGGUCCUCUCGAGGCCUUGUGGUGUAGGCCUCAUUGACGGGCACGCUCGUGCUAAUGCUAACGUCCGUUGGCGCCGAGUGAACGUAGGAGCAGUCAGACCCCUCGGCAUGACCACAGAAAAGAGAUGUUGAAUGUAAUUUACUCGUAUUUGGUGUGUUUUAAAUGAAUGAAGAUUCACAUUAAACACUCUAGGAUACACUCUUAAUCAAUGGGCUCAUUGGCUGUGACGGGGAAGGGUAUACAACUACAUUUAACCGGUGUAUAUUUAGCCAACAUCUGGACAUGACUAUCAAAGAGAGUCUUUAGACAUCUUAAAAUCCAUUUUCAGAUUUCUAAAACUUUGACCUUAACCAAAAGUGGGGAAAAAAACUUUCUUGUAUUUUUAAGAAUAGAAAAAGUCUUCACAAACCUGAAACUGUGUUGAGUAAGAAGCCCUAGUGCAGUGGUUCUCAACUGGUCUGACCCCCGGACCCACAAUUUCCCAUGGUCCUUAAGUCGCGAUCCACUUUUAUAAAAUUCAAACCAAGCAAAUUUAAUUUUUAUAUAAAAAAAUCUUUAAAGACUCUAAUCUUUCACAAAAAUCCACUUGUUUUAUUGAGUAACGUGCAUUUCAAAGCACACGAAGGGGACAACAUGAGGACGACAACUACUGAAGUUGCGUGUGCAAAAAAUAUCAAAUAUCUAAUAAAUAUCGCAUCAAAUGUUAACUUUUUUGUCCGACUGUUCGUGACCCAUCCAGAACGUGUACCCACUUUUGGGUCGGGACCCACCAGUUGAAAACCGCUGCCCUAGUGGAAUAAUUUAGGACACAUGUUAGGAGUGUGAAAAAGCAGUGAAAUAGCCCUUUUCAUUCUCUAGUCUCAUGAUACCCUCGUCCAGGUUGGAGAAGUCGAAGUUUAGUGUGUUUGGAUCAGGAUCUGGUUUAUCUUGAGUUUUAUCUCGAUACCUGGAUGGGAAACUGUGAAUUAGAUGCUCAUGUUGUCUUACAUUAAUCCUAGGGCAGGGACGAGUUCUACGAUUUUUCUGAUGCCAAUUCGAUUUAAAAUUGCGAUUCUACGAUAUUGUCAAUUUCCUCAAUAUUCCACCACCAGUAAAACAGUUGGAUGACUAUUCUAUAAACGAUAUUUCCCAAAGUCAGUCAAAGUAAGUCAGUUUUUAAGAUAAAUUCUUAAAUUUGAAAAAAAAAAAACAUCGAUUUUUGAACAUAAAAUUGAUUCAAAUAUUGUAAAACAAAAAAUCGUGAUACUAAUGUGAUCGAUUUUUUUCUCCCACCCCUAAUAAAUCCUCACAUCUAAGUACGGGAUUAUAUUUUAGAAGAACAUCAAUUCUAAUUUAAAAUGAACAGAGCAAGUGGUAGUCUCCCUUUCUUUCACAUCAUUAAUUUAAUUCUUAAAGAAAAAACAAAGUGUACAAUCUUGACAUCACGAUCACAGCACGAUCUUAAAGUUCUGGAUUCUGUUGACACCUUUUUUUUCAAACUGAGUUCCUGGCUGUGAACUCUUAGCUGUCCUACAUCAAUCACAUCUAUGAUAUAAUCCAUUACUAUAUAAGUGUUGAGCACAGUCAGAAAUAAUUGUUCUCUGCUUUGUAUUUUUCUCUACUGAAUUACACCUGGCUUCUGGGCAGGUAGGAAAUGUCAAGGACUCUAACAACUUAGUUACUAUUAAAUAUCAUAACUUCACCAACAGGCAACAUGACUAUGAAAGUACUUUUCACAGUGUAAUAAAACUGAUCUUUAAUUUUCAGUAUACUGUCAGUUUGAGUCUGUUGGAGACUUUAGACCAAACAAGAGUUCGAGAUCAUAGUCUGAACUAGAUUGUAGAAUUGCAACGGAUCACAAAUGUCAUGGAUCAGUUUUGUUUACAAACUAAGAGUCAUGGUUCGCUCUAGUUUACACAUAGAGGAAAUAAAAAAGAGAGUCAUACAGCCUUUCUUUCCUUUGCCAUGAUUCUAACUGUGCACGUGAAGGCACAAAGAAUCAUGUGUCUCCACGCAUUUUAAUAGUGGAGCUCUCCACCAGUGUUACUCUACAAGAACCAUCCACAGCCUCAUUCAACAAAGAAUUAUCUCAAUUACUAUUUCAAUAUUGCAUUUGAAUUAAAAGAUUAAGAAACUUGCAAAUGAAAAAAUCAAUUCAGGGGUCGACUUGUAGUCUAGUCAUCACCUGUAUGCAUGUGAAUUUGUGUCUGUGCAGGUCACAUGAAUUGGUCAUGGUCUGGUAUAGCUGGGGCUCAGAGAACGUAAUGCUCAUGUUGCUUGCACUAAGAGAUUUUACGAUGCAUAGUUUUUGUUCCUGCUCUCACUGUGACUGCAGUGUUUGCAGAAGUGAAGCUGCACUUUUUUUGUAAUGAGCAGCCUGGAGGAAGAGAGGACCAGCCCAGUGUACCAUGUAUUACAGUUUUAGUAGGCUGAACAGAGAACUGCCCCUUUCACUUCUUCCUCUAGUCAUUUGUUACUUUCACUUUUGAUUCUGCUACUUUGUGAUCCCCCCCAAAGAGAUAAUCCAGAUUAAAUUAUCACUCUGCUGGUGAAUGAAGCAAACACUCCCUUUGGCGAUAAACAAGCAGCCCCUGUGACAGGCGUUACAAUGCCGCUUGUAGUGUUUUCCUGGAUGAUUCUUCUAGUGUUUAAUUGUUCAGCUAAUUCAACACUGAAGCCCGCCUCCCCUCAUUUACACCCCUGGAGUGCCGUGGCAGAGCUAUAACACAGAUGAGCAACUUUCUAAUGUUCAUAUUAGUUUGAAUCUGAGGCAAAUAGCUUACAGAAAGCUACCUGUAUAUGUUAAUGCUCAGUUUUUCAUAGAUCCACAUAUCACACGCAAUCUGAACCACAGGGGGGUAGUCCAAACAAAUCACAGACCAACUCUGAUCCGUUGCACCACUUCUAGAUCUUCUAUCCCAAAAUCCUCUACUAACUCAGUUCUUCCUGGUGACAGAAAACUCUCUUUCAAAUCAUUUUGAAGAAGGCAUGUUGGGUCUCCUUGUUUGUUUUGUAUUCUUUGCACAACAUAUCUGUAUUUUUUUCCAGUGACUCUCCCUUGCCUGUGACUUCACGUGUCUGUUUUGUAAAGUUCCUUGAGUCUGAGUCGGUGGGAGUUUCCCAACACCUGACGAACACCGUCUUCGUGGACAGAGCCUUGAUCGUGGUCCCUUUUGCUGAAGGUGGGUGUCUUUUUUUUACUCUUGUCCACUCACAUGGCUAACUCUAAACAUACAUUACUUUGUCUAGAUUACUUUAAAAUUAAAAUGCAAACACUAUAUGAGCCACUGUGAGUGUUUUUCUGACCAAGCAAAAUUGGCUAAGCUUUUCAGUGCUUGGCAGUUCUAGGUAUGUAAAAAGGGAAAAUGUACAUUUGUGUCCAUGUCUUACAAUCUAGCUGUAAACCUCUCUCUCUGUUAUUUGUGUUGUGGUUUUCAUAGUGGACAAGUCAUUUGCAGAGAGCCCCUUCCUUGCUGGCUGAAAGUGGUCCUCUGCUGCCAUCAGGAGAUUAGAAAAAAAUAUGGCACCAGGCUUGCAAGCCCCCCUUCUCUUGUUCUGCAGUAAAAUAUUAACUCUCUCCUUUUUUUCUCUCUGUUCAAGGCAUUAUUUUAGAAACAAUAGCCACACAACUCUUAAGACAAAUGAGGGCAUUUAAGGGAGAGGGUGCAAGGCAAUCUCAAGUCCUCUCAUGUUUGAAGGAUUUUCAUAAUUUGUCAAAUGAAAUUGUUGAUUAGUAGCUACGCACCAAACUAGGGAUGCCCCUGAGCAGAUCUGCUCAAAAUGCAUCAAAGUCGAGUACGGUUUUAAUUCGCCGUUAUCUGCUUAAAUUGAGCCUCUUCUGAUCCUUUGUUUAUACUUUUGGACUCUGGGUUUGUCAGAUUCGGAGUGACCCUUUCUGCAUGAGACGUUUCAUGUGAUUGAGUUUGGGUUCAGACUUUCCACACUAACAGCAUGCAGUAAAGAGAGAAAACACCAAAUAUCUCUUAACAAGUUACGAACUUGUUCUGUUUAUCUUCAUGGUUGAUUUUUCUACACAACAGAACCACAGUGACACGCCUGGACUGAAAUAUUUUGUGCGUUUGUGUGGGACACCAGUAGAAAUCGACUCCAGAUGUAGGUUGACCCACCCUAACAGAUGCUGCAGAUCACAGUGACCCACACUUAGGGCCCUAUAAAAUCUGUUUUAUUUUUUCUCAAAUUCCGUUUUAAUUUUCCCAUUUUAGUUAUUUUAGUUUUUUUUGGGGUUAUAAUCUUUUGAGAAUUCGUUUUUUUUUAGGUUUUUAUGCAAAUUUAACCCUUAACCACUAUAUAAAGUAAUGAAAUACAGACAGUUCAUUUAGUGGUAGCUGAAAACUUGAAUGCUUGCUGGCAUUUUAUUUCCUUUCAACAAUAUUUUUAACAAAAGUGCAUGAAAAAUUGCUUAGCUGCAGCAUGGUGUUUCUCCUUUUUCCUCAAGUGUUUGUCACUCUUCAUGUGGUCCUCACAGGUGUCUUUACGGGUCCAGUAAACAGUAUGUUGACAGUAUUUGCAGAACAUUUGAUCGCCUGACACAUAAUAACUGCUCUGCCACGUAGUUUGUAGUUUAAAUGCCGCAAUAUCGCAGGACAGGAAAACGUCGCUGAUGUAAACAGGAUACGGGUUCGAAAAAAAAUAUCGAUGUUUCGUAAGUUCUUAGACAACUUAGCUGGGGUCUCAGGCGCAGCAUAAGUGACCCCCCGGAGCAUUUUCCGGAGGGAUAUGUUCCUUUUUAAUCCUUUUUUCUUUUAUUUACGUAAAAUUUCAUCAUUUUCCGUGAUAUUCCGCAUUUAUAUUGAAUUCCGUUUUUAAUGUUCAGUUCCGUGAUCCGGGAUUUUUUAGGACCCUACACCCUAGGUAUUAGACAAAGUACAGUCUUGAAAGUCCACAAGAACCUCAGGGUGGGUUUCAUUAGCUGAAUACAUGGAAACACUUGCAUGGAUGUUCUGUGACUGUAAUGAGUUUGUCUUUUUUCUAUAAGCAGAGCGGUUCACUAAACCUACCAAAAGUGUCUAACUGAUUAUUAAACUACAUGUUGGUGUGAGGUUUCCCUUGUGUAAGUCCAAAAUAUAAAUACAGGAUCAGGGUUCAGAUGAGUAGAAACCUGUUCGGGACAUCCCUACACCAAGCACAGAGCAUGCAGGAUAGAUGAACUAAUCAGCUGUGCAUGCUAGAGUAGAUGUGAAGGUGUGUGCCAUCAUCUACACUUUCACUGAGCAGAUGUGGUGGAAGCUAAUUAGCAAAUAAUUUGGUCAUUAAUCACCGUAAACACAAUGCCUUUGGCGUCGACCUGCUUCAUGUGCCAAAGCCUUGUAUUCUUUACACAGUGCAUUUGUAUUUCCAAAUUGUCACUAACACUCAAGAGAUACAGUAGUUGAAGCUUCUGCUUGCUGUUGCAGUAAAAUGUUUUUUAUUGACCCUCUCCACACAUGACUCUGAAAGAGUUGAGUGACUCUCACGUUUAACAGUGGUGUUUCUUUUGUUGUUGUGUUUUACAGUUCUUUUUCCUGGUUCAGCCAGCCCUAUAUACCAGGCCCUGCUGAAAAUGCCACCAACAGUUUUGUCUUCUGCAGCCUUAUCCUGUUUCUCAAGUGUCCUUUCUGUUGUGUGUGUGUGUGUGUGCGCGCAUGUGUGUAUGUCUCUCUCUCCCCCUCUCUCUCUCCCUCUCUCUCUCUCUCUCUCUCUCUCUCUCUCCCCUUUGUAAACUGUAAAAUGUCAGAUUACAAAAUUAGCCUGUUUUCAGAUUGCACAACCAUGGAUGAUCAUCUCCAUAAGAUUUUCCCUUUGAUUGUACUGUUUGGUUUUUCUUCAGCUUUGGGCACAUUUUUCAUGACGUUAUCACAGAUUUUGCUUGCUAUAGUCAUGAACUAUGCACUGUUUAGUUCAGUUAUCUUUGGCAUUGUGUAGUGAUAAACUAUUGGCUAAAAUCCAGCAGAGCAGUAGUUCUUAGAAGUACAUUUUCUGGUUGCAAAGUAAGUAUUUUUUUUUUUUGUGGUGGGAUUGUGUAAAGUAACCACCAACAAAAGCUCAGAAAAGGUAAUAUGACCAGACCUUUUCUGUUUUUUGUUUUUUUUCUUUAAUUUUUUUUGUGUUGGUAAUGGUAAGUGAUGUUGAAAUGUACCCUUGUGUCUACACCCAAAUCAUGAACUUGUUUUCUGUAUCUCAAUGUUUUUGUGUGCUUUAUAGCGAAGCAGCCGGCGCGAGUCGCUUGUUCAUAAAACAUCUAAUGAAAGUUGAGAGCACAUCCCACGGGACAACUGGCUGUGCUUGCUUACGUUUGGUUCAUGACUUAAAAAACAAGUACAGGUGAUAAAAUCUUGGCAGUGUUGAACACAGUGUGUAUUGUGACUUUUAAACUCAUAGAUGCUAAUCCUACAAUCAAUCAUACUUUCACAAAAAAAAAAAAAAAAAAUGUGAGGGAUCAAGAUUUACAGACAAGACAAACAGUGGAUUCUGAUUAUUUUUUUUCACUGCAGAGUAGUUAGACUGAGGUGGCUUGUCUGCAAGUCUUGUCUGAGUGUUAAGUCGAUGUUCACUCGGAGCACAUACUGAAAUGUUGCUGUCUCUCUCCAGGAGUCAUUCCUGAUGAAUCUAAAGCUAUGUCGCUGCUGGCUCCAGCCAAUGCCGUGGCAGGAAUGAUGCCUGGUGGGGGGCUUCUUCCAACACCCAAUCCUCUGGCAACAGUAAGUCUUGUACUUAAUUCUUCUCUAGGGUACAGUGGGAGUAAUUGGCAAUAUCUAGCAGUCAGAGUCCAGAUUGAAAUGCUUCUUUGAUCACCCAUCUUGUGAGUGAAGUGACAGUGGCCUUUAAGGGCCAUUCAUAUCUGGACCGUUUUUGUUGUGCGAUUAUUUCGGAUGUCAAUUUUUUCCCGAACCCGUAUCCUGUCCUGUCGUAUCCUGUCUAUGCAAGCAUUCACAUCAGCAACGUUUUUUUCGGAUCACGGCCGAUUUUUCCAAAGUUUUCGCAUACUGUGUGUCCACUACCAAUUCGCCAUCACUUGAAGUUGAAGUAGACUAUUUUUUUUCUCUCGCUUCCACCCGGGAUGCUGUAGGAUGGUAAGGGAAGGUCCCGCCCUCCUCCUCUGAUUGGCUAUAAGUGCUGACAGUUUGGCUUGAGCGUGUGAUGAUGUUUCCAGCUUUUCUAGCCAAUCAGAGGUGAAGGAGGCGGGACUUUCCCCGGGAAAAGUCUUCCCCCUGGAUCCCCCCCCCCCCAAAAGUCACAAAGUUACAUCAGGCUUGAUGUGUAUAGUCAGGCGUGUCAAAAUUCACCUCCGACUAUUUUGUAAUUUUGCGUUCUAUAUUCGCGUCGGCCCCGGUGUGUAAGGACCUUAAGUUUUGAUACUUAAAAUCUUCAAGGGAUAGUAAACACAGAUUUUGUUGGAACUUAUACCUAAAUACCUCUUGACACUAAUCAGAUUCUUGGUGGCUUAGUAUUCUUAGUGGUUAGUAUUUCAAAACUAUUCCUACUGACUUUCCUUUGCUUUUCCUUUGUGGCUUUAGAUGGGUGGGACACCGUUUGGAGGUCUUGGGGCUCCCAACAUGGAGCAAAUGGCUGCCAUGGGAAUGCCAGGACCAAACAUGAACCCCCAGGUGAGCAAGAGAGUCGUCAUUGUUAAUAGUGUCAUAGUGUUAAAAUCAAAUGCACUAACAACAGAAAAAUCUUCCCUGUAUUCAAGGCUCUAUCUACGGACUUUCUGAAGCUCAUGCAGUCAAUGGACCCCAAGUAAGAAAGUUUUCAUUUAGGUCAUGGAUCCUACUGAGCUCAAAAAGAGAAAAGUCUUUUUUAGAGAGGUCUAAAUAAUUCGUGGCAUUUGCAGGUUGAAUCCAUUAGCGGCUGGACUGAACCUGAAUCCAGGGCUGAAGACGGAUGCUUCUAAUAAGGAGAUUGAAGAGGCCAUGAAGAGAGUCCGAGAGGCCCAGUCUCUCAUUUCUGCAGCCAUUGAACCAGGAAGUGAGUAAUCCGUGUGGAGCAAGAAGUCUCAAGAUUGCAGUUGUAUUGCUAUGAAUGCUGUUCCUCAUUAUGUUAGCCCGAAGCAGGCUCUAAGUGCUUUAUAUCUAACUGUACACAUUGUUCUUGCAGAUAAGAAGGAUGACAAACGCAAGCAUUCCCGCUCGCGUUCACGGUCGCGGCGCAGACGCUCUAGAUCUCGCUCAAGACACAGGUAGAGACACAUACAUGACGGUUUGUUUGUUGACCAGCAAAUGUGAUCAAGAAAUGUCUUGUUAGAUUGUCAUGUUAGCUGUGUUUUUAAAUGUGCUAUUCCUCAUUGCUCUCAGACGAUCAAGGAGCAGGUCUCGUCGAAGGUCCCAUUCAAGGAGUAGGAGGAGGUCCAAGAGUCCUCGAAGGAGGAGGUCCCACUCCCGGGAUAGAGGCCGUCGCAGUAGAUCAAGGUCAUUGUCUCCAUCAUUUUCUUGAGGGUCAAAAUAGAUGUGAUCUCUUGGUUUGCUUUGGCAUGUUGUUCAUGCUGAGAUUUGAAGUUAGUCCUUGCUGAGUAAAUCAAAGUUUUCUCUGUUUCCUGAUCAGUGCUGACGCUUGCUUUUCUCAUUUAUUUUUGCUGUGUCUCAAUCAGGGACAGGAGGAAGGAGGAAAAGUCUAAGAAGAGGUCCAAGACGCCUCCUAAGAGCUACAGCAGUGCCAGGAGGUCUCGAAGUAUCAGUCGGUGAGUGGGUGUGAGCGCAGUGUGUGAUUCCAUAGUGAGGCUGUCAGAAAGGCAAACAUACCUGUCACCUCAGGGCAACUCACUUCAUUCAAUGAAUGUGAUUCUCCGUGUUAAAAGCAAAUGGUAGUAAAUCACUGCAGUAACACGGAUGAAAAAACUUCCAUUAUUAUAACUGAUUAUUAAACUACUCUGUGUUGUAGGAGGCACAGGCGAAGCCGCACUGCGUCCCGGUCCCCCAAGAGGAGGUUGUCUAGGUCUCCUUCACCCAGACGGUGAGUGGUCACAGUCACUCUGUAUGCAAUUGACCAUAUUUCCAAAGCAGCCAUGUUCUUGUGAAGUCACACUCAUCUAAAUGUUGAUAAUCUGGCAAUUUAUUGUCAAUCCAAUUCUCAAUCUAGCUCGAAAUACGGCAAAUAGGGAAAAUCCUUUGGCUUUGUAAUUGCUUAUCCGAUUGUCAGUGUAUAUGUGACUUAAGGCCUGAGACACGGCAGUAAAACAUAGUUUUUGAGCUUUCCACUCUGAGUACAAUGACACAUUGAGAUGGCUGUAUUGGGUACAUGGCCUAACCAUUUUGAAGUUUAACAAUUUAACAAAACGUUUGUCAUAUUUCCAGGCACAAGAAAGAGAAAAAGAAGGACAAGGAUCGUGAAAAGGACCGUGAUAGAGACAGGAGGGAGGACAGGGACCGGAGCAGAGAUGAAAGAGAACGCUCCACCAGUAAGAAGAAGAGGAGCAAAGACAAGGAACGAGAUCGGGACCGCAAAUCAGAUAGUGAGAAAGGAGACGUCAAGGUGUGUUAUGAACGCACGGACAAAGAAAACUUCCUCACAGUAAGCCAAUAUGAGAAUUUUACCAGCCUAACCUUUUGACACCUCUUUUUUCACCCCUGCUGUCUUUACAGGUGACUCGGGAUUAUGAUGAGGAGGAGCAAGGCUAUGACAGUGAAAAAGAAGUAGAGGAAGACGACGAUGAGAGGAAGAGCGACUCUGACUCUGUCUCGUCCCCAAAAGGCCCGGAGGAAAUGGAGCGAUCUGAGGUCCAAAUCCCCAAAAAGUCGAAGUUGAAUGGAGACGAUCACCACCAGGAAGACAUGGAAAUGAGCGACUAAGAGCCUGACCGUGUUCUCUCCCCACUGUACCCUUUUGUAUUUUUAAUAUAGGCCACAACAUGUCUGUGCCUGAUCACUCAAAGUUAACAAGAUUUGUUGUCUUAACUGUAGAAGCGUUGGGGACGGGUAAAGGAGAAGUCCCUUUUUUUGUAAAAUAGAAUACUGUCUGAAAUAUGAAUGACAUGAUUUUAAAUGCCAUUGCUGUACUUUUAUAAGAUUGUUUUUGUUUUUUGUUUUUCUUUUUGUUGCCUUUGUGUUCAAAUUCACUCACCUGACAGUAGGAUACUCGAUUUUUCAGUAAAAUGUUGUAAAUAUUUUACUUGUCAGGAUAUUCGUCUCCUCCUCCAGACUGUUAGUCACUCACCACUUAGCACUGACUUAGUGUACUUCAUGGUUUGGCUGUUUUCCUUUCUUUUUCGUUUUAAUUGUAAGGCACCCGGUUAUGUUUGAGCAGACCCUCCUAUUUACAUCCCUAUGUGAGUGUACAAUGUAGAUUGAAAUGUGUUGUUGCGAUGAUACUUUGUCUGCAUUUGGUUUUCCAAAGGAAACUAAUAAAAUUUUGUCGAAAUGCAUCUUAUUCAGUCAUUGGGAGAAAACUACUUCAACACAAACAUUCAGCAGUAUUGAGAG